GUAAGUGUGAUGUAUGGGUGACGACGCCACAUUAAGAGUAAUGUUUAGUGUUAGAUUUGCAGUGCCAGAAUGGACCGCAAGGGCUUAAAGCCUGUGCAGGCAUUAGACGACGAGAUCUGCUUUCCCGUUUCCUGCUACUCAUACAAAUCACGUACCAUACUAUAGUAAUCACCGCAUCAACUUCAUUUGCCAGUGCUAGAAAUCUUGGUAUAUAAAGGCCGACGUGCCCUUCUGCCUGACAUUACAAUGACUUUGUUGCCCUUGUGAUCCAAAAAUGGAGUCUAAACAGGGAUAGAGACGAGAGCACACUGCUAAUUCGGUGAAAAGAGAUGUAAAAGCAGCCUAGCCUAGCCUAGGGACUUGAAUCCUAGGCAACGCCCUACGACCACUAGGAUGUGGCCAUGUGGGAUUCUGUAGCACUUUUUCUCACAAUCUAUUUAAACCCCCCGUUCUUCUCAACGAGCCCGGACGAGAAAGAGAAGCAUUCUGGAGCUUGAUGUUUCCAUUAGUCUAAGGUUGGUUAUGUUAUGCGCACUUGUUCCUCUUUGCUGUGGUGAUCUCUCACUGACGGUCAAGCUAGUUGGGAAAUAUGAGGAUUUUGAGUUGGGUGCAAAAUAAAUUCAACAGUAGCCAGGAGAGGAAGAGAUUUGACGCUGGUUCGAGUUCCACUUCUCGUGCUUCGAUCCCGGAUGUUCGUAAAGAACUCGGCAACUGCCUGCAUACAUUGUUGGCGAUCGGGACACUCGGCGACGCGCAUACGAAAGAAGACCCACAAAGACAUGAUGAUCCCUACUUGGAUACUUCAGAAGAUUUGCCUUGUUUCACCAUUGAAGAAGCCAAGGAACUACACAAAGAGCUGGCGAAGCUACUGACCCGAAAGCUGAAAUCUAGCGCUCAUGGAUCAGAGAUUGCCAAUGACGACAGAGCUAACAGAUUCCUCGGUCGCUCAUUGCGGCCGGAGGCUGACAAAGCCACGAGCUUCCUGCUCGAGAAUUCGGAAGACGUCAACUGUGGCGACCUGUCCCCCGAUACCAGGAUCAUACUGCACAAACUGGAAGAUGCGUUAUCGUGCAACUACACUGCGAUCAAAAAGGAAUCGCUCUCGUUUCUUCUCAAGAAGAGGUUUGUUUGUGGACGUGGGUUCGCACAACAGACUCGAAGCUUCAAGGGCGGCUUGAUCGCUGAACCCUCGGUCGAGAAGAUUCUGAAGGCCAUUCUUACAAAGAAGAUAUACCCUCAAAGCUCCGCUCCAACAUUAAUGAAGAAGAGGUACUCGGACAACAAAUCCAUGGAACAAGUGCAGGCAGGGAAAUGGGUUAAAACGGAUUCCGAGUAUAUUGUUCUUGAGAUCUAGAAGUAGCGCACCUCUUUGUCUCCGUCGAGGCGUUCUGGUGAUUACCGCAUCAUUACGUAAUCGAUUAAUCUCGUGAUCGAACUUGUGUAACUGUGUUUUUCAAUGUAAUGAAAAAUAAGUGUAAAGGAAAACUGAAGGCCUCUUUUUUCCGAUAAAAGAUUUGUGUUUGUGAAAAUGCCACCACAACACAAAGAGAAGGAUUAAUCAUGAAGUGCAGAUCAAAACCAGAAUUACACACUGAUGAAGUUGCAGCUCUGCUGUGGGCUUUCUUUACCUGUUGGUUUUCCUUUUCCAUUCAGUAGUAUCUUGCAGU